AUGGCGUCCGAAUUUGAGAAGCCGCGCGAGUCCCCUUCUUUGCACACCGUUACACAAGUAGAGCUGGGGGACUGCGGAUCCUCGAGCACCAUCUGCCAAUCACGAUAUCAACGAUGGGCAGGGAGCAUCAAGAACUUAGAAACCCGCGGGAUUGAGCCUGUUCCACCAGAGGAUCGUCAGAAGCCCACCACAUCAGAUUCGUUUCACAUGCUGUUGAUAUGGUUCAGCAUGGGAAUGGCAGUAAGUCAUAUGGUUGUCGGUUCAAUAGGAACACUGGUCAUGAAUCUGAACUUCACGGACGCUGCCCUCUGCGCCGUAUUUGGAAACCUAGCUGGGGGUUUGGCGGUCGGUUAUAUGAGUACCUGGGGUCCUAGGAGCGGGAAUCGCACACUUGUCAUGACCAGAUAUUUCAUGGGUUACUACCCCAACAAAGUGUGCUGUUUGCUGAACGUGUUGACCAAUCUCGGGUAUGGAAUGAUCAAUGCUAUGGUAGGGGGUCAGAUUCUGUCUAAGCUCUCUGGAGGAUCUGUAUCCGUCAUUGUUGGAAUUAUCAUUGUCGCCCUGGGCAGUGGGAUCAUGGCGACGUUUGGUAUGCGCAUAUUCCAUAUAUAUGAGAGAUUCGCUUGGCUCCCUCAAUUGCUCACAUUCUGCAUCUUGGCGGGAUCAGCAAUACCACAGUUUGACCUCCAUACAAAGUCCGUCGGGUCGUCCGAUGAGAUAAACGCAAAGCGCUUAGGGUUUUUCUCACUCUGCAUGUCCUCAGCUCUCUCGUGGGCGCCCUCUGCUGCAGACUUCUAUGUGUAUUACCCAUCCACGGUCAGGCCGUGGAAGACUUGGUUGGUGACCACUAUUGGAGGGUGCGGAGCGAUGAUGAUCAGUCUUCUCCUGGGAGUUGGCCUGGGAACCGGUGUUGCAAGCAGUGUCAGGUGGCAGGCACUCUAUGACGGAACUCCUGGAAGCUUGUUGAUGGCUGGCUAUGACAGACUCGGAGUGUUUGGCAAGAUUUGCGCAUUCAUUAAUGUGCUGACGGUGGUUUCCAACAACGGCCCAGGUUCGUAUUCCAUGGCAAUGAACUUUCAAAUGCUCGGAGACAUCUGGUCGAGAAUUCCGCGUCCUAUCUUCACCAUUGCAAGUACCGUCAUUUAUACUGCAUGUGCCAUUGGAGGACGGAAUUUCCUGUAUCAAAUCUUCAAGAAUUUCCUCCCUCUGAUUGGUUACUGGAUCGUCAUCUGGUUCACCAUCGCUGUCGAGGAAGAUGUGCUCUUCAACCGGUGUCGAGGAUACGAUUGGACUAUAUGGAAUGACUGGCGGAAACUCCCAGUGGGUGUUGCUGCUGGGGUCUCCUUCCUGAUCGGAUGGGCAGGAGCCAUUGUGGGUAUGACCAAAUUUGCUGACAGCUCGGGCGCCAAACAGGACCAAGUCUACUACACUGGGCCAAUUGCGAAUGCGACCACAGGAGGUUGUGAUCUUGGGAUCUGGCUCGGCCUGGGGUUCACGGCCAUAUCUUUUCCUGCUCUGAGACUGUUGGAGCUUCAGAUGCUUGAAGAGAUGAAGAGCAUCAUGGAGCAACUUGCAGCAAGGGUGAAGAGUGGCCCAUUGGCAAUUCUCACCACUGAUGUAUCACACGUCUCCUUUGGCCGGCUGGCCCCCUAUAUCCUGGCUUGCCUUGCAGCAUAUCCAGUGCUAUGCUCUUUUCUCCGUUUCCGCAAGAUGCGAUGGCUCCAUCGCAAGUACAAUUUCCCAACCCGCGAGUCUCUUGCUCGCAUGACCGAUGACGAAGCGUGGGAAAUUCAAAGGGUCAUACUGCAGCAGGAGUUUCCUUUCAUUUUCGUCAAAGCGCUACAAUUUGCGCUCUUCAGGACGUACGGCAUCCCCACUAUAUCUGGCCUCCUGACGGCAACGAGCCAAUUCUCGAAACCGGAGACAUCUCUCAAGCGCUACACCGACACCAGCGCCCUGAUCCAGGAAUUCAUGGGACAUCGCCCCUCCUCAGAGCGUGCCUGCGUUGCCCUCGCGCGCACCCGCUUCCUGCACACUGGGUACCGCGCCGCGGGCAAAAUCCAAGAAGACGACAUGCUGUACACGCUCGGCCUCUUCGCCAUCCAGCCCGUCCGGUUCAUCGAGAAGUUCGAAUGGCGCACGUUGAGCGACAUGGAGAAAUGCGCCAUCGGUACCUUCUGGAAGAGCAUCGGCGACGGACUGGACAUCAGCUACGAGAACCUCCCGUCAAGCAAGACGGGGUUCCGCGACGGCCUCCACUGGCUGGAGGAAAUCAUGGCCUGGAGCGAUGACUACGAAGUCCGAAGCAUGCUUCCGGACAAGAAGAACCGCGAGACGGCCGACCAGACUACCGCCGUGCUGGUGUACAUGAUUCCCGGCCCGUUGCAGCAUAUCGGGCUGAAAUUCGUCUCGUUCAUGAUGGACGAUCGCCUACGGAAAGCCAUGCUGUACGACCCUCCCCCGCCCGCCUACACCAGAGUAUUCUCGUUUCUCCUCCGCGCCCGUCGCUUCGUCAUGCGCUACCUCGCCCUUCCCCGUCCCUACUUCCUACGCUACGAACCCUACACAGACAACCCAGACGAGCACAACCGCGUCUUUAUCACCCAAUGGGACGCAGCCCCCUACUACGUCAAGCCGACCUUCUGGAACCGCUGGGGCCCAACCGCCUGGCUCACCUGGGCUCUGGGGAAGCCGCUCCCCGGCGACAUGGGCGAUAAGUACUACCCGCAGGGCUACUACACUGCCGACGUGGGCCCAAAGUACUUUGAAGGGAAGGGCCGACAGACCAUGGAGAAGAUCGUGGAGGAGCUCAAAGUCUCGAGGACGGGGAAGUGUCCGUUCAUUUGA